AUGUUGCCAGCUCAUAUCAAGAUAUUUCCAUUGCACUACAACGUUAUGACAGUACUCGAUAAUCAAACUCACCCGGACCCGAGUACAGUACUCGAUAAUCAAACUCACCCGGACCCGAGUACAGUACUCGAUAAUCAAACUCACCCGGACCCGAGUACAGUACUCGAUAAUCAAACUCACCCGGACCCGAGUACAGUACUCGAUAAUCAAACUCACCCGGACCCGAUUACAGUACUCGAUAAUCAAACUCACCCGGACCCGAGUACAGUACUCGAUAAUCAAACUCACCCGGACUCGAGUACAGUACUCGAUAAUCAAACUCACCCGGACCCGAGUACAGUACUCGAUAAUCAAACUCACCCGGACCCGAGUACAGUACUCGAUAAUCAAACUCACCCGGACUCGAGUACAGUACUCGAUAAUCAAACUCACCCGGACCCGAGUACAGUACUCGAUAAUCAAACUCACCCGGACUCGAGUACAGUACUCGAUAAUCAAACUCACCCGGACCCGAGUACAGUACUCGAUAAUCAAACUCACCCGGACCCGAGUACAGUACUCGAUAAUCAAACUCACCCGGACCCGAGUACAGUACUCGAUAAUCAAACUCACCCGGACUCGAGUACAGUACUCGAUAAUCAAACUCACCCGGACCCGAGUAACCUAGUCGAGUCCAAUAUUUUGGACUCGUGGAGGUCCUAG